CCCCUCGCGUAUGUUUUCACUGCGCACCAUUUCCUGCGCAGAGAACGGGAACACGCGCAGGCGGUGCGCACGAACGUGCGGCAAAUGCAACGCUUUCACUUUCACUUCGCGCUCAGUUGCACUUUGGUGGAGACGCUGCAUUCAAAGCGAUAAAACGGUAGAAAACCCAAACGUACAGUAACACAGAGGGAAGUCCAACAUGGCGUUUAGGUAUCCAGCGGCCCGGAGAGAUGAAACCAAGGUAGACGACUACCAUGGAACUAAGAUCUGUGAUCCCUACGCGUGGCUGGAGGACCCAGAUAGUGCAGAAACAGUGGUCUUUGUGGAGGAGCAGAACAAGCUGACCAUGCCAUACCUGGAGCAGUGUGCUGUCCGGGCCCAGUUUCACCAGCGGCUCACUGAUCUCUAUAAUUAUCCCAAAUACAGCUGCCCCUACAAAAGAGGGAAGAGGUAUUUCUAUUUUCACAACAAAGGCCUCCAGAACCAGGACGUUCUGUACGUACAGGACUCUCUGGACGGACCUGCCGCUGUCUUCUUUGACCCAAAUAAACUCUCUGAAGAUGGCACCGUGGCACUGAAGAUGGGGCGUUUGUCAGAGGAGUGCGAGUAUUUCGCGUACGGGCUGAGCAGCAGCGGCUCGGACUGGGUGACGGUGCAUUUCAUGAGGGCGGACGACCUCACCAAACUCCCUGACGUCCUGGAGAGGGUCAAGUUCAGCUGCCUGGCCUGGACUCACGAUGCGAAGGGCAUCUUUUACAACUGCUACCCAAGUCAGGCUGGAAAAACAGACGGCACUGAGACAACAUGCAACCUCAAUCAAAAGCUCUACUACCACGUCAUUGGCACCAAACAGUCUGAAGACAUCCUGGUGGCUGAGUUUCCCGACCAUCCAAAGUGGCACAGCUCAGUAACCAUCUCGGAUGACGGUAGAUACGCUGUCCUGUCCAUCACUGAGGGUUGUGAGCCCGUCAACCAGCUUUGGUACUGUGACCUUCAGCAGCUCCCCAACGGCAUCACAGGCCUGCUGCCAUGGGUCAAACUGGUGGACAACUUCAAGGCCCAGUACUCGUACGUGACCAACGAGGGAAGUGUAUUCACUUUCCGUUCCAACUUGGACGCUCCUCGGUAUUGCCUCAUCAACGCUGACCUUCAGAAAGCCGACCAGCAGUGGACUACCCUCCUGCCACAGCACGACAAGGACGUCCUGGGCUUCGUCUCCUGUCUGAACCAGCGCCACCUGCUGGUGAACUACAUCCACGACGUGAAGGAUAUCCUGCAGGUGUAUGAGUUAGCCACCGGAAAGCUGCUCCGGGAUCUGCCGCUCGACGUGGGCACAGUGGCCUCUGUGAGCUGCAAGAAGCAGCACUCAGAGUUCUUCUAUAAGUUCACGUCCUUCACUACACCAGGCAUCAUUUACCACUGUGAUCUGGGCGACCCGAACCCGGAGCCCAAGGUGUUCAGGGAGGUGGAGGUAGAAGGCGUCAAGCAAAGCGACUAUACGACGACCCAGGUGUUUUAUCCCAGUAAAGAUGGAACUAUGAUCCCCAUGUUCUUGGUUCACACCAAGGGCCUAAAGCAGGACGGGACGCAUCCCGUUUUCCUUUACGGAUACGGAGGCUUCGAGAAUUCUAUUCAGCCAUACUACAACACUGCCAACCUACUGUUUGUGCGACACCUGGGUGGGAUUCUGGCCGUGGCCAACAUCAGAGGGGGCGGAGAGUACGGACUCACCUGGCACAAAGCGGGUACUUUAGGGAACAAGCAGAAUUGCUUUGAUGACUUCCAGUGUGCAGCCGAGUAUCUGAUCCAGGAGAAAUACACCACAGCCAGUCGCAUCGCUGUCAACGGAGCCUCUAAUGGAGGGCUGCUAGUGGGCGCGUGUGUCAACCAGCGUCCAGACCUGUUUGGCUGCGCCGUGGCUGAGGUGGGGGUCAUGGACAUGCUGAAGUUCCACAAGUUCACCAUCGGCCACGCCUGGACCACCGACUACGGCUGCUCCGACGACCCGGAGCAGUUCAAGUGGCUCAUCAAGUACUCUCCCCUCCACAACCUGCCUUCGCCGCCGUACUCCGGUCCCCCGUACCCCGCCGUCCUGCUUCUGACGGCGGACCACGACGACCGCGUGGUGCCGCUGCACACCCUGAAGUACUGCGCCGCCCUGCAGCACGGGGUGGGCAGCAGCCCCGGGCAGCGGCAGCCUCUGAUGGUCCGAGUGGACACGCGCAGUGGGCACGGCGCCGGGAAACCCACGGCCAAGGCCAUUCUGGAGGACACGCACAUCUUCUCCUUCAUCGCUGAGACGCUGGGCCUCAGCUGGAAGAAGUGAGGGCAUCUGGGUGAGGGGUGCACACAAUAUGGUUUAUGGUAUUAUGGGAUGGUUUUAGAUUUCACUAGGCAAUAAAAUACGAAAAUAAAAAAAAUGCAAGCUAAAGGAAUCAAAUAAAUAAGCAACAGUUAAUUAAUAUGCUAAAACACUUCAGUUGCACUAGAGGAUAAUGAAAUGUUGAAUGUGCUAGUUUUAUUAAAGUCCCUGUUUGUUUUGUGACUUCUGUCUACAUCAUUAAUUUGUAAUAUCCCAAAUAUAAAUUAAUCAUCACUUAA